GCUGCUGCUCCUCCUUCCUCUCACAAAGCCGGGAAGGGAUGAGCGAGGCAGGCUGCUGCGGUAAGUGUGGACGCCUGUGUAAGUGUGAAGCCAUCAUGGUGGCAUUUAAAGGCAUUUGGACUCAGCCCUUCUGGAAAGCUGUUUCUGCAGAAUUUAUGGCAAUGCUAAUUUUUGUGGUCCUCGGUCUUGGUUCUACAAUCAACUGGGGUGGAGCUGAGAAACCUCUGCCUGUAGACAUGGUCCUUAUUUCUCUCUGCUUUGGAUUCAGCAUUGCAACAAUGGUGCAGUGCAUUGGACACAUCAGUGGUGGCCAUAUUAACCCUGCAGUGACUGUUGCAAUGGUCUGUACUCGGAAGAUCAGCCUGGCCAAGUCAGCCUUCUACAUUGCAGCCCAGUGCCUUGGUGCCAUUGCAGGGGCAGGAAUUCUCUACCUUGUCACCCCCCAGGAUUUGAUAGGAAGACUGGGAGUUACCCAGGUACAUUCAGAUCUUUCUGCUGGUCAUGGACUAUUGGUGGAGUUGAUAAUUACAUUCCAACUGGUUUUUACUAUUUUUGCCAGCUGUGAUUCUAAGCGAAGUGAUGUCACUGGUUCAGUGGCAUUAGCAAUUGGACUGUCUGUUGUGAUAGGACACUUGUUUGGGAUCAAUUACACAGGUGCUAGCAUGAACCCUGCUAGGUCAUUUGGACCUGCAGUUAUCAUGGGGAAAUGGGAAAAUCACUGGAUAUACUGGGUGGGUCCAAUUAUAGGAGCAGUUCUUGCAGGUGCCCUCUAUGAAUACGUCUAUUGUCCUGAUGCUGAGUUCAAGCGCCGAUUCAAAGAAGCUUUUAGUAAAACAAACCAGCAGUCCAAAGGGAAGUACAUUGAAGUAGAAGACACCAGGAGCCACGUAGAGACUGAUGAUUUGCUCCUAAAGCCUGGAAUUGUCCAUGUCAUUGACCUAGAGAGGGGCGAAGAUAAGAAGGGACGAGACCCAACCAACGAGGUGCUAUCGUCAGUAUGACUAGCAAGGAGCACUGAAAGCAGAGAACAGUCUACUAGCAUGCCCACAGAUAGCCUUCCACCCAUAAAAGAGACAGAUCUGUUGUAAAUUAGGUACCUACAACAGUGUCAGUUUUUAGGGAGAUGGCAAGAUCACAGUAGCUGUGUAAUUGGACCACACUCCCAUCCCUUUGAAAUGGUAGCAGUAUAACAAUGUUGAGAGAGCCUCACAGAUUAUUCCAGAUUGAUAAAUGUACUUUGGGCAAUGCCCAUACAGGAAACCUCAUGUUCCCUUUGAGUCCUGGGUGAAUUUUUGAAAAAAAGCAUUGAUUUUUAUGCAGGCAGUUAUGAGCAGAGAAAAUGAUCUCUUACAAUCAGAUAUGACAGAUGAAACUUAUCUAAAAAUGCCUAUAGACCCAGAAGGAAGUGUCUAUCAGAUUGUUCUUCUGACACUUAAUUGGCUGUUGUCAAUCCUGAUCAGAAUUUUAAUUACUAAGUCUAAAGUAGGCUGAGCGACAAAAGGGCCAGCAUAUAGGACAGAACAAAUCCUUCCAAAGCAUUGGUCUUUCCCCUCCUUUCCCUUUCUUCUAGUCUUUUCAUUUUUUCUUCUUCUUUCCUGCUGCUUUUGGGAGAAUAAUAGUACAAAGUACAAAUAAUUAGAAAGCGACAUUUGCCAUCUUGGAAGUGAAAAUUAUUCCCCCCCCCACUCCCCAAUCAUGCUAAAAAUGUGCAUAAUUUUUGUUUUAUCCCUUCCCGGAAAGUUCUCAUAGGAUUCAUCUAUUUAUCACAUUCUACUGCUAGAACUGUAGAAGACAUACAUGGACAUGUCUCACAAUGGAUACAGUUUUAUUACUUCUUGCAAUUGAUGCAAUUCAACAAAAUUUGAGCAUUUCAAAUUCAUUUCAACAUGAGGCAUUCAAACUCAUGCUUAACUUUCUUGUGGAAUCUUGAGAGAAGUUAAUUUUGCAAGUGUGAUGUCCAAGUAUGCAGGUUUCAGAAGAUAAAGGCUUAUCUGUUUUCAGUGCACUUGUUCAGAAUUUUAUUAUGGGAAUUUUAUAUAACAGUAAUGUUAAGUUACUUAACAAUUUUGCUUACAAUGUGAUUUAAAAAAACAGAUAUAUACAUAACAAACAGGAAUUUUAUUUAAACUAUUACUGGGAAAUACUUUGAUAACUGAUACUUUGCUUUCAAAUAUAGUAGUCCCUCGGGUUACGAAAUUAAUUCGUUCCGCCGCUCCGUUCGUAACCCGAGUAAUUUCGCAACCC